AUGGAGCUCCUCCACGCUCUGAAGACUUCUCUGCCUCUCCUCCUUUUCACUGAACUGAGAUGCCCGUGGAGAGCCGGCUGCACGGGAGCACCUCCGCUGUGGGUCGCUUUCCAACCGGUCUGUCCGUGCUGCCAGCGUAAAACUACAGAGGAAGACGAUCUGACCAACACUGUGGUGACAGGGCUGGACGAGAGCGAUGAGGGGGCCGCAGGGGACAAGCCCACCAGCACUGGGGACAAGCCCACCAGCACUGGGGACAAGCCCACCAGCACUGGGGACAAGCCCACCAACACUGGGGACAAGCCCACCAACACUGGGGACAAGCCCACCAGCACUGGGGACACUAAUGGCAAUGAGCUGCAGGUUCUCGUGCUCAGAGUGACAUCUAUAGACCUCUUGAAAAGCAAGUCGGGGCAGAACCGCAUGGAGCAUCGCACACAUCAGUACCACAGCGGAGGCUUGAUCGUACGCAGAGGACAGAGCUUCCAGAUGUGGAUCACCACAUCUCGACCCUUCGUCCCCAACACUGACAAACUCCACCUGGAACUUAAAAUAGAGGCACAGAGGAGGAUCUGGCUGAAAGCGAGACACCUGCAGAUAACAUCUGACCUGAACGUGACACAGAACACAGCUGUCACCGUGAAGAGAGUCCAGCAGCAGCUUUACUUCAUCAGGAUGCUGAGGCUAAACCGUCGCCCCGUCACUCAGCCUUACAAUGGACUCAUGGAGCGCGUCCUCUGCACACAGGUAUCGGGUGGUAAAGAAAUACCACACAGGCAGGGAGAAAAGCUCUUCAAAGAGUUAUGA